GGGGAGGCGGGGCCGGGGAGCUGGGUGCGCGCCCGUCCCUCGGAGCCGCCGCCGUCAGUCACCGCCGCCGCGCGCCAGAGAGAAGCAGCCUCCGGCCCCGGCGGCCCCUGUCUCCCGACCCCGGAAGGCGAAGCAGGCUGCCCGGGGACCCCGCGCGUCGGCGCUUGAAGCGGAGACCAACCUGCCCGGGCCUGGGCAGGGGGAGCAGGGCCUUGGACCCCGCGGCGCCCCUCGGCCUCGGAGCAACGAGCGCAGCGCCGCCUCUGCAGAGCCAAUCCAUUCAGGAUGGGAAACCACGCAGGCAAACGAGAAUUAAAUGCCGAGAAGGCCAGUACGAAUAGUGAAACUAACAGAGGAGAAUCUGAAAAAAAGAGAAACCUGGGUGAACUUUCACGGACAACCUCAGAGGACAACGAAGUGUUCGGAGAGGCAGAUGCGAACCAGAACAAUGGGACCUCCUCUCAGGACACAGCGGUGACUGACUCCAAGCGCACAGCGGACCCAAAGAAUGCCUGGCAGGAUGCCCACCCAGCUGACCCAGGGAGCCGCCCCCACUUGAUCCGCCUCUUUUCCCGAGAUGCCCCAGGGAGGGAGGACAACACCUUCAAAGACAGGCCCUCUGAGUCCGACGAGCUCCAGACCAUCCAAGAAGACGGUGCAGCCACCUCCGAGAGCCUGGAUGUGAUGGCGUCACAGAAGAGACCCUCCCAGAGGCACGGAUCCAAGUACCUGGCCACAGCAAGUACCAUGGACCAUGCCAGGCAUGGCUUCCUCCCAAGGCACAGAGACACGGGCAUCCUUGACUCCAUCGGGCGCUUCUUUGGCGGUGACAGGGGUGCGCCCAAGCGGGGCUCUGGCAAGGACUCACACCACCCGGCAAGAACUGCUCACUACGGCUCCCUGCCCCAGAAGUCACACGGCCGGACCCAAGAUGAAAACCCCGUAGUCCACUUCUUCAAGAACAUUGUGACGCCUCGCACACCACCCCCGUCGCAGGGAAAGGGGAGAGGACUGUCCCUGAGCAGAUUUAGCUGGGGGGCCGAAGGCCAGAGACCAGGAUUUGGCUACGGAGGCAGAGCGUCCGACUAUAAAUCGGCUCACAAGGGAUUCAAGGGAGUCGAUGCCCAGGGCACGCUUUCCAAAAUUUUUAAGCUGGGAGGAAGAGAUAGUCGCUCUGGAUCACCCAUGGCUAGACGCUGAAAACCCACCUGGUUCCGGAAUCCUGUCCUCAGCUUCUUAAUAUAACUGCCUUAAAACUUUAAUCCCACUUGCCCCUGUUACCUAAUUAGAGCAGAUGACCCCUCCCCUAAUGCCUGCGGAGUUGUGCACGUAGUAGGGUCAGGCCACGGCAGCCUACCAGCAAUUUCCGGCCAACAGUUAAAUGAGAACAUGAAAACAGAAAACGGUUAAAACUGUCCCUUUCUGUGUGAAGAUCACGUUCCUUCCCCCGCAGUGUGCCCCCAGACGCACGUGGGUCUUCAGGGGGCCAGGUGCACAGACGUCCCUCCACGUUCACCCCUCCACCCUUGGACUUUCUUUUCGCCGUGGCUGCGGCACCCUUGCGCUUUUGCUGGUCACUGCCAUGGAGGCACACAGCUGCAGAGACAGAGGACGUGGGCGGCAGAGAGGACUGUUGACAUCCAAGCUUCCUUUGUUUUUUUUUCCUGUCCUUCUCUCACCUCCUAAAGUAGACUUCAUUUUUCCUAACAGGAUUAGACAGUCAAGGAGUGGCUUACUACAUGUGGGAGCUUUUGGUAUGUGACAUGCGGGCUGGGCAGCUGUUAGAGUCCAACGUGGGGCAGCACAGAGAGGGGGCCACAUCCCCAGGCCGUGGCUGCCCACACACCCCAAUUAGCUGAAUUCGCGUGUGGCAGAGGGAGGAAAAGGAGGCAAACGUGGGCUGGGCAAUGGCCUCACAUAGGAAACAGGGUCUUCCUGGAGAUUUGGUGAUGGAGAUGUCAAGCAGGUGGCCUCUGGACGUCACCGUUGCCCUGCAUGGUGGCCCCAGAGCAGCCUCUAUGAACAACCUCGUUUCCAAACCACAGCCCACAGCCGGAGAGUCCAGGAAGACUUGCGCACUCAGAGCAGAAGGGUAGGCGUCCUCUAGACAGCCUCGCAGCCGCGCCAGUCGCCCAUAGACACUGGCUGUGACCGGGCGUGCUGGCAGCGGCAGUGCACAGUGGCCAGCACUAACCCUCCCCGAGAAGAUAACCGGCUCAUUCACUUCCUCCCAGAAGACGCGUGGUAGCGAGUAGGCACAGGCGUGCACCUGCUCCCGAAUUACUCACCGAGACACACGGGCUAAGCAGACGGCCCCGUGGAUGGAGACAAAGAGCUCUUCUGACCAUAUCCUUCCUAACACCCGCUGACAUCUCCUUUCGCGCCUCCCUCCCUAACCUACUGACCCACCUUUUGAUUUUAGCGCACCCGUGAUAGGCCUUCCAAAGAGUCCCACGCUGGCAUCGCCCUCCCCGAGGACGGAGAUGAGGAGUAGUCAGCGUGAUGCCAAAACGCGUCUUCUUAAUCCAAUUCUAAUAAUUCUGAAUGUUUCGUGUGGGCUUAAUACCAUGUCUAUUAAUAUAUAGCUUCGAUGAUGAGAGGGUUACAAAGAACAAAACUCCAGACACAAACCUCCAAAUUUUUCAGCAGAAGCACUCUGCGUCGCUGAGCUGAGGUCGGCUCUGCGAUCCAUACGUGGCCGCACCCACACAGCACAUGCUGUGACGAUGGCUGAACGGAAAGUGUACACUGUUCCUGAAUAUUGAAAUAAAACAAUAAACUUUUAAUGGUA